AUGAUGCAAGCUGGUCACGUGGCUUGCGGGCGCGGAGGGACUGCAGCUUGCGUCUUCCCGCCUCCGCCAGCGCAGGUUAGAGUGGUCGUGGCUCAGCAGGACGGUCUGGCGGGUGGGAGCCGCCGCCGCUGCUGCAUCAUUGGAGACUCUGCGGCCUUCCGUGUGCUCCUGGGGGUGGUGGAUGUACGACAGCGUCGUGAGCGCGGGAACAGGAGUGAGCGGUGUGGCGAGCCCGCCCGUGGCUUCCUGGGAAAUGGAGUUUAG